CCCAUUUGUUUUUCUUUAUAUUUCCUUCGUUUGACUUGCAUGUAUAUCUAUAUAUCUUUUUAACACUAGCUGUCAUUCAUGUAUACGCAAGUAAUAAAGAAAAACGUCAUUCUUAUUGGCCAUUUGAUCAUGUGACGUACCUGCUAGCUUUCUGUUUUUUAAAGGGGAGAAUUAUUUGCUUUAUUAUUGCUUAUUCCAACUUUUUCAACAUGAAUUAUAAUGAAGACAACUCAAGCUCAAUACCACCACGUCUAGUGAGCGAGACAUGUAUGGACUUAUUUUUAAUUGAAAUGGUAGACACUGUCUGCAGAACAACUACUUCUGAACCUGAUGGGGAUAAUGACGCGAUAUUCUAUAAACUAGAAACUUUAGGAUACGUUGUUGGUCAAAGGCUGAUAGAGAGAUUCACCAAAGAUAGACUACGAUUUGUAGAUACUCUAGAUGUUGUAAAAUUUAUUUGUAAAGAUCUUUGGACAAUCAUGUUCAAGAAGCAGAUUGAUAACCUGAAAACAAAUCACAGAGGAGUCUAUGUAUUACAAGACAAUGGGUUCAGAUGGUUUAUGCGCAUGUCAACAGACGUAGGAGGAGCUGAUUCAGCCAAGAAGGCAAUGCCUUAUGUCUGGUUUCCAUGCGGUAUUAUCCGUGGAGCAUUAGCCAGUCUAGGUGUUCCUAGUGUAGUAGUAGCAGAAACAUCAAACUUACCUCAAUGUACAUUUCAAAUCAAAAUUGCCAAAUAAAAAAGAGGGAGAGUUUAUUAAAGGAAAGAAAGGCCGGCUUCUUUCUUCUAUUUACUUAAUGUAAAGCCAAAUGCUCUGGUUUCUGUCUUUGUCUUCUUUUUUGUGCUGACGGUAUUAUGUCUCCAAAAAUGAGUUUUACUGUUAUUACUAUUUUUAAUCAAAGUAUCUGUACAUGGCUGUUGAAUGGGUGAUAAUCUAGGUGAAGGAGCAGCAGAUGAAACAGGUGAAUUUUCUUUAUCAAAGUAUGCAUUCUGUUGUUGCUGUUGUUGUUGUU